AUGAACAGUGGAGAGAGAGAAAAUAGGAAAGAGGCUUUGCCUGUGGCACCCAUCCUUGCAACGCGGCGCCGCUUGUCGAUUUAUGAAUGGUUCGCCCUCAUGGUGACGUGGAAGCGCCGGCGUGUGCAAUAUUUUCUCGACAUAAAGGCGUUUCAAACAUUGUUCCCGGAUAGCCAUUUUGAUUUCCUUUUAGAUUCAGACUUGAAGGAGAAAUUGAGGGCCAAGAAAGAUUCUUUCGCCGCGUUCGUCGCACCGGUCGUUCUAUCUAUGAUCGCGUACGAGCAACUCCACAGGAAGAAAGCUUGUGAAUGCGAGGUGUUCCUGAGUUCCAGCGGCAAAGGUGCUCUGAAGAAUUUCGCCGAUAGCCUCUACAAAGGCAUGGUCGACGCCGGGAUCGGUGUAUUCAGAAACUACUAUUGGCUCCCCCGACACGAGAAGAUUGGGUUGAAAGCCAUCAAGAGCAGCAAGAUUUCAAUCCUGAUUCUGUCUCAAAAGUACGAUUCCAGCAGACGGUGCCUCGAUGAACUGGUUCAGGUAAUGAAGUGCACGAAUGAUAGCUCGGGGCAUGUAGUCUUGCCCAUAUUUUACAGAGUGAAACCCGCUGACGUCCGAUGUGAAGUAGAUGUUUGUGACCCAGUGGUUGCGGAGGAACGGAAACAAGUGCUCAAAGAAAUCAGCUCCUUGAAAGGAUGGGAAUCAGAUGAAAUCGCUGCUGGCGGGCUGGAGGCGAGGGUUGGCGAGGUCCUCGCUAGAUUUGGCGGGGCCGAGCUUGCUAGCACUGGCAAGGUUGAUCCUCACCAUGGUUGGGCAAGGGAUGAAGGACAAUUGGUCGAAUCGGUCGUCCGAAAAGUUUUGAUAGAGUUGAAGAAAGCGCUCGAACCAGUUAUUACUGAGAAUUCAGGUGGUGUUGGUAAGACAACUCUUGCUAAAGUCAUCUACAACAAGCUCUCUCAACAGUUCGACCAUUGUAGCUUCAUACCCAAUGUUGCAGAGUCAUGGAAAUGCAACGGUAUUGAGCAUGGUAAUGAGCAACCAAGUGCUACCAUCUCAUCGAGCUUUAGAAACAUGAAAGUCCUUAUUCUUCUUGACGAUGUGGAUACUAAUGAUCAAUUGAAGGAGUUACUUGGAGAACGGAACUCGUUUGGUCCAGGAAGCAGAAUCAUUAUUACCACAAGAGAAAAGAGUAUUCUUGAUUGGGCUAAAGUGGACUACAAGCACGAGCAUAAAGCAAUGGAAAUAGAUGAAGCUGAGAUCCUCUUUGCUAGACAUGCAUUUCGAAUGGACUCUUUGCCUGAUACAUUUUCAAAACUCUCUCGUGAAGUGAUAUCUACUGUUCGUAGGCUUCCUUUGAUUAUCGAGGUUAUAGGUUCGUAUUUAUGUGGCAAGAGUAAAGCAUUAUGGGAAGAGACUAAAGAAAAGUUGCAAGAGUCGCAAAGGUUGCGGCAAUUGCAAGAGUUGCCACGGUUAUUGCAAGAGUCGCAAGAGUUGCCUCGGAUGGAAAUGCAAGAGAUUUUGGAGAUACUUUAUAACGCAUUGAAAUUUGAACAAAAGAAAAUAUUUCUGGAUAUUGCUAGUUUUCUAGUCGGGAGUGAUGUGAGAACUGCAUCCUGUAUGUGGGACACCAGUGACUUCUAUUUGGAGUUGGGGAUUGAAGAACUGAUAUUUAUGUCUUUGAUAAAAAUCGGAGAUAAUCAUGAGCUUAGAAUGCAUGAUGAAGUGAGAGAUUUUGGUAGGAAUAUUGUUCGUGAAGGACGUUGCAAGGAGGCUGACAAUGGCCGCAGACUGUGGGACUCCGAGGAAGCUUUAAAAAUGCUAGACGAAAAAGAGGGAGCAGCAAAUAUUCGGGGGCUUUCUCUUGACAAAGGCAACUCAAGGCAAACCGUUGACUACAGAAGUGAACAAUUUAAAAAUUUGGUAGAGAAUUUUGCUGUAAAGGAAUUAGCCGUACUGGAUUUCUCGAGAAGCAUGAUUUCUGAAAACUGGAUAGGAUGGAAAUUUAUCCAGUCAGCGGUGAAACUGAAAGUGCUCAACCUUACAGGUUGUUCUUUAGAAAGCAUUUUCUUUCUCUCAGAAUUUAAACAUAUAGAGAUUCUGAUCCUCAGAAAUUGUAACAAACUGAAGAUAAUUUACCCUACUAUUGGAAUGUUGGAGACCAUCGUUUCCCUUGAUUUGAGUGGUUGUUCGUCCCUCGAGGAGCUGCCGCCAGAAGUGGGAAACUUGAAAGGACUGAAGGAACUUUUCCUAGAUCAGACUAAUAUACAAAACAUUCCAAACAGCAUGUGGUCCCUUGUGAAGUUGCAGCGCUUAUCGUUACAGAGCUGUCCACAAUUGAUACUGAACCGUGACUCAGUUGUUAAGUUGGAAUCAUUGGCUGAACUGGUAAUAGCCGAAACAGAGAUUACUGAAUUACCAGAAUCCAUACAAAACUUGCAGAAUUUGGGAAUUCUGAAUAUUAGUGAUACUGGCAUUAAAAGGCUACCAGAUGCUAUUGGAAGGUUGACAAAGCUCCGGGAGUUGGAUGCUUCGGGGUGCACAGAGCUGACUGAGGUAACCGUAAAGAUCUGUGAUCUGACUUCUCUCCAAAGCCUUGAUUUGCGCGGUUGUGCGGAGCUUCCAAAGCUGCCGGAGCUUCCUUCCAACUUAACAGUUGUCAGUGUCACCUGUAAGAGUGCCAAAUUGCCUUCAUUUUCUCACUUGAGCCAUCUAAAGCAACUACGACUUCAUCACUGCAAAUAUCUCGUAUCCAUACCAGAGCUUCCUUCAACAACACUGGAGCUUGAAAUUGCGGGAUGUGAAGCUUUGGAGUUCUUAACCCCACAGGAGGCAGUUGAAGAUAUCAAAGUGUCAUUGAAAAGGUUAGACAUCAUUCGCUGCAAGUCCUUGGGAAAACUGGACCUUUCCCAAUUAAAUCUUCUUAGUGUAUUAUGUGCUCUGGAUUGCGUAAAAAUACAGAAAAUUGAAGGUCUUGACAAAUUGGAUAGCUUGGAAAGCUUGACUAUCCACGGCAAGCGAAGCUUGACUAUCCACGGCGAUAAUUCCAGCCUUUCAGAUUUGGAGGUUCUUCGUAGGUUUGGCGUUCUCGGAAGACUUGAACGUCUUUGGACCUUCACAAGCGUUGGAUAUCGUGUCCAACUUGAUCUGUAUGGUAUGAUCGUGGAAAAAGUGCUAGAUGAUGAGAGAAAGCCGCUGAUUGGACAAAUAGAUUUUCUGGGUGCAAGUUACCCAAACCAAUGCCAGAAUUAUCUGGAAGAUGAUGUGACACAGCGCCCCAAAGGAGAACCGGGCAACAUACUUAUAAAAAUCCUUGCUGACGAGCAAGGUAAUGGCCCAACUGAGAGUCUCCUCCCAAGUCCUGUUGGUCCAGGGGAGAUUGCAUCUAGUAGCCCAAAAGAAGACAAUACUCGAGAUAAUGCGACAACCAAAAAAGAGAUGAUUGAUAGAAUCAAGCACCUCAUUGCAAAAAGGACAGGAAGCAGCAUCAAUCCUACCAUAAGACAUGAGAAGAGACUGUGUAGGCAACCUCCUCUUGGUGAUGAGCCACAGGUUCAGUUGGUAUCGAGGCAGGAUGGCAUUACUCCAAAUGAAACAAUGCCAAUUGACUCUGGCCUUCUUCCGCCUUAA